AUGCAGAGAAGAAAGUUCAUCAAACUCAAACAAAAAUACUUUAAAGAAAAUGGUGGCUUACUGUUACAACAACAACUCGCUAGUGAAGGCGGCUCUGUGGAGACAGCAAAAAACUUCACUGCAGAAGAACUUGGGAAGGCCACGAACAAUUACCAUGAAAGUAGAGUCCUUGGAAAAGGAGGCUAUGGAAUAGUUUACAAAGGAAUAUUACCAGAUAACAAAGUGGUUGCCAUAAAGAAGUCCAAAGUUUGUGUCCAAACCCAGAAGGAGCAAUUUGUUAAUGAGUUGAUUGUUCUUUCUCAAGUCAACCACAGAAAUGUGUGUGAUAAAGGAAAACUUACUGCAUUGAUUGUUUAUGUGGAUGACAUAGCCGUAACUGUAAACGACGCAGGAGAGCAACUAAAGUUGCAAAAGUAUUUGUCUCAGAAAUUUGAGAUGAAGGAUUUAGGUGAUCUGAAGUACUUUCUCGGAAUCGAAGUAGCAAGGUCAAAAACUGGUCUUCUAGAUCACGACUUAGCGCUGAGAGAAGAGAAACCUGAGGUCACUGCCUAUAGCAAUGCUGCACAGAAGCAGAAACUCGAGAGGUGGGAGAAAUCAAAUAGGAUAUGCCUACUUGUCAUGAGGAAAUCCAUGACAGAAACUAUUUGUGGUGGCAUCACUGAAUCUGAGAAUGCUAAGGAUUUUUUGGAGGCCAUAGGACUGAAGUUUAAAGACAUUGAGAAGGCAGAAACUGGAACCUUGAUGACCAAACUUGCAACCAUGAAGUAUGAUGGUGUUGAGGACAUGAGGGUUUAUCUUUUAAGCAUGAUAGAAGUUGCAAGCAAGCUGAAAGCUCUGGAGAUCCCUAUAGCUGACCCUUUUCUAGUUCACCUUGCAUUAAAUUCUCUUCCUUCUCAGUUUGCUCAACUAAAAGUGAUCUACAAUGCUCAAAAUGACAAAUGGAGCCUCAAUGAACUAAUUUCAAUUUGUGUUCAAGAAGAGGCAAGAAUGAAGAAGGAGAAAGAAGUGAACACAGUCCAUCUUACAACCAAUACUCCAAAAAGACUCCAUCCUAAGCCAAACUCAUUUGCCGCUGCCAAUAAGGACAACACUAAGGCUAACUCUUCGUAG